CUAAAACCCAUACGUACUGACAUCGUAUAGAUAUUCGUAAUUCCCCAUACCAUACGCAAAUAUUUUAGGACUACUAAAAUUAUUGCUUAACCACAUACCUCUCUUUUCUCAAAUUCUCUCUUAAUUUUGAAAAAAAUCUGCAAAUUUGUUUCACUUAAAAUUCAUCCAUGGCUGGAACAUCGGAGAUUGAUCCCCAACUCGUUAUUUCACACGAAUUUCCUGAGACGACCUACAGCUAUACUGAAAGGGACGCUGCACUGUAUGCACUUGGUGUUGGAGCUUGCUCGAGAGAUGCGGUGGAUGAUAAGGAGCUGAAAUAUGUUUACCAUCAAGAUGGACAGCAAUCGAUUGAGGUUUUGCCAACAUUUGCUAGUUUAUUUUCUGUUGGACUUCAGUCACGGAUUCUAGGGAUGCCGGGUUUGGAAUUUGACCCUCGUCUUCUAUUACACGGGCAGCAGUACAUAGAGAUAUACAAACCUCUUCCUUCUAAUGGUUGUAUACUUAAUAAAGCGACAGUGUCUGGGUUACAUGAUAAAGGUAAGUCAACAGUUCUCGAGGUUGAAAUUUUAAGUUAUGAAAAAGAGUCUGGCAUACAGCUGUGCAUGCAACGGGUUGCUGUCUAUUUGCGUGGUGCUGGUGGAUUCUCAAAAUCAUCUCAGCCUUACUCUUAUACAAAAUACCCCUCCGGUCAGGCACCGACUUACAAAAUUCCUAAAAGUCAACCAUUUGCUGUAUUUGAAGAAUGCACGCAUCCGUCACAGGCCCUCCUUUACAGGCUUUCUGGUGAUUAUAACCCAUUGCACUCAGAUCCUAGAGUUGCCGAAAUCGCUGGAUUCUCUCGUCCAAUCUUGCACGGACUGUGCACUCUCGGCUUUGCAGUUAGAGCCAUCGUCAAUAGCAUCUGCCGGGGAGACCAGAAUAUGAUCCGCAACAUAACUGGGAGAUUUCUAUUACAUGUCUACCCAGGUGAAACAUUGAUAACUGAAAUGUGGAUUGAAGGCUUGAGAGUGACUUAUCAGGUGAAGGUCAAAGAACGAAGCAAGGCCGCACUUUCUGGCGUCGUCACUCUUAACCGCUUCGCCUCAUCUCUGUGAUCUCUAUAUUGCCGAUGGGAGGAUCCCACAGUUUAUCGUAUCCCACUGUUAAUUUUAUCACUAGGUGUGCUUGUGGAUUAUGUGCCUUUACUCCUCUUGUGCUCUUAAUGAUUUAUAAUAACUAGUUCUCCAUCUCGUGCUAUGCAUUGCUCAUGUUUUUGUAUUUUAGACGAGCUAUUCCAAAUGUCAACAUAAGUAGCUUGAUUUGUUUCGAA